AUGCCAUAUGCUAGAUUGGUUGGGAGUUUGAUGUAUGCUCAAGUGUGUACAAGGCCAGAUAUAUCUUUUGCUGUGAAUAUGUUAUCAAGGUAUCAGUCAAGUGCAGGUCAUGCACAUUGGGUGGCUGGUAAGAAAGUAUUGAGGUAUUUGAAGAAAACCAAAAGUCACAUGUUGGUUUACAGAAGAAUUGAAGAUCAAGAACUUGAAGUGGAAGCUUAUACUGAUGCAUCGUACAAGUCAGAUUCAGAUGACUUGAAAUCGACAUCAGGUUAUAUAUUUGUUAUGGCUGGAGGAGCAAUUUCAUGGAAAACAGCUAAACAAACUCUGAUAGAAACUUCAACCUUUCAGGCUGAAUAUAUAGCCAUCUUUGAAGCAACUGGGCAUGCACUAUGGUUGAAAAAUUUCAUUGCUCACUUAAAGAUUGUAGAAUCUGUGUCAAGGCCUAUAACAAUCUACUGUGAUAAUGCAUCUGCAGUAUUCUUUUCAAAGAAUAAUAAAAGGUCUUCAGGUUCUAAGAACAUUGAUGUGAAAUACUUUGCAGUGAGAGAAAGUGUCAGAGAUGAGGAGAUAGAGGUAGUGAAGAUUGGAACUAAAGAUCAAUUGGCUGAUCCUUUGACAAAAGCCUUGGCAGUUUCUGAUUUUAUUAGACACACCAAAAAUAUGGGAGUGUUGGACAGUUUCAAUCCUGAUGAAGUCUGA